AUGAAAUUGCUUCAAUUUUCGAUUGUACUUGAAAACUACGCUUUCCCCGGAAUCCUCUUGAUCGGCACUGAUAGUCACACGCCAAAUGGCGGUGGUCUGGGCGGACUUUGUGUAGGUGUAGGUGGCGCCGAUGCUGUCGAUGUAAUGGCGGAUUUGCCAUGGGAACUGAAAGCUCCUCGCAUAAUCGGAGUCCAUUUGACGGGUAAACUGAGUGGCUGGACCAGCGCCAAAGACAUUAUUCUUAAGACAUCAGAAAACGGAGUAUUAGUUUAA